AUGGAUAUGACCUCGAGGUCGGCGUCAUUCGACCGGCGCACGCGAUCAGAAGAAUCGUGGGUUGAGAUCGCAUCGCAGCCGUCGUCGUCGUCCUUGUCCUCAAUCAACGACGACGUAGUGACGACAGGCUUGCGUAUACAGCAUAACCCUCGAAACCGACGACGACGGACGCUUCGUCCUACCGCUCCAUCGCAUCUCAACAUCACUCACCGACCAGCUAGUGCAGGAGGCGGUGCAAGUAGUCAGGAAGAGUACGAAGAGAGCGAGAGCGAGUCGGACCAGGUCAUGACAUCGUCUGGAGAGGGCUUGCGGCUGCCUGGACAUAUCUACCCUACUCAGCUGGGACACGCAUUACGAUCGGCAUCAUCGGAACAUGUGCCGCAACGAUUAGACUCCGACGACGAGAACCGCACAGCGAUCAAUCAGCCCAUCAGCAACCGUGAAUGCUUCACACCACAACCCAAUGCCUUCUCCCACCCACCUUCCGCAGCCGGACAAGCCAGACACGGCAGCGCACCAGUACCGGGAUCCUACUUCCCCUCCCCACGCCAGCCCUCUCGGCCAACAACCAGACAAUCCUACCCAACAGGCCAAGAACGCCAACCAAGCCAUAUGCCACAAAAUAUCCUCUCACCCUCCUACAAUGCGGCAGCCCAACACGAUGAAGCGCUGCGAGCUAGUCUGACGACCCUCCUCUCCAUCGGUGCCGCAGCCCGUAGCCUCUCAAAACCAGACACCACCAUCAAACGACCCCAAACCACCAUCGUUGCAGCUCCAACGCGUCCCAACCGCAUCGAACCCAUCUCCUUCCGCCUCCUCCCGGAGUCCGAACUCCCCGGCCCCAAAUCCCCUCCUCAACACCUGCACGAACCAACCUUCCAGCCCACGAUCCGGCGGACUUCAACCUCUACAUCCGCCUCUACAUCCUCGACCCGUCUAAAAGAAAACAAACGCAAAGCCACCCCGCACCUCACAACCGGCGGCCGAAGUUCCAGCCGCGAGCGCCGCGCUCUGAAGAAAGCCAGACGAAUGGCUUCGAAUGAAGACCUGCCAAUAUUAAUUACUCCUACGCUUCUAACAUGGGUUGUCUCAGCCGGGGUGGUGGUGUUCUUGAGUGCGUUGAGCUUCAGCGCGGGAUACAGUUUGGGCAAGGAAGCUGGGAGGUUUGAGACAGCAGGGGGCGCUGGGUUUGUGGAGGAGCCUUUGUUGAGGGGAUGUGCGAGGGAGGCGGGGAGGAGUGGUGGGGGGAUGGGGUUGAAGCGGAGUUUGGCUAGGAGUGCGGUGCAGGUCUAG